CUGAAGUCACAAUUUUUGAUAAAAUCAUUUCAUGAUAGAUAAAAUUAUCAAUAAUCUAGGAAAAUAUUAGUCUCUAUCUAGUGUCUUGCUUUUCAUGAUGUUAAUCCAUAAACUAUUGUACAUAUACUUUUCAUUCCAAAACAUCGAAAUGGGUUAACUUCAUUAUCAAAGGCACAAGUACACAAUAAAGAAGUCCUAGGUCAUUUUUUAUUAACAGUGACUAAAAUAGUUCGAUUA